AUGGUUGGGUUCCGUGUCAUCGGCAAUAUGGAAAAGAAAGAGAGAGAAAGAGACAAAAGAACCAACCAUAUUAUACUAUAUUUUUUUUGUAAAUUCGUAGGAGCAACAAAGGUUUAUAGUUAUAUAGUUGGCUGUGGUUUAAACAUACAAACAAAUCAACACAAUAAUAAUAGUAAUAGUAAAAGUAAGAAUAUACAGUUAAUCAAAUCAACAUUUCAUUGUAAAUAUCCAUCAACAAGAAAGAAAGAAAGAGAUCAUCAAUCAGCUGAUAGAGAAUAG